AUGCUAGAUGAACAUUUUUGUGAUUGUAUUGGUGAAUUUUUAGAAACAUCAUUCCAUUGCAUUCUAUAUAUUAGAGGUGUUUACCCAUCUUGUUUAUUUAGUAAAUCAAUAAAAUAUGAUAUACCAGUACCAAUCUCAAGAUCAGAUUUAUUAACAAGAUAUAUAUCAAAUUCAAUUGAUAGUUUAAAGCCACACUUUUUAAAAGAUACCAUUGAGAAAAUAUCAUUAACAAUUUUAAAUAAAUAUGAUAAACCAAUUGAAAAAUUCAUUUUUGAAAUUUCAUCUUUAAAUAAUACUACUAAUAAUAAAAAUAAAAAUAAUAAUAAUAAUAAUAAUAAUAGUGAUGAUGAUGAAACUUUUAAUUAUUAUAUAAAUAUUCAAAAACAAAAUUAUACAUCAAAUAAUAAUAAUAAUAAUAAUAAUAAUAUUAAUAAUAACAAUAAUAAACCAAAUUUAUUACAAUUAGAAGCAAGUUUUAAAGCUUAUAUUAUAAAGAUAUUAAUGACAACUGAUUCUUUUUAUAGUGAACAAAAUUUUUAUAAAACUCAACAAUCUUCAUCUUCAUCUUCAUCUUUAAAAACUAGUGGUGGUGGUGACGGUAAUGGAUUUAUUAGUAAUAGUGAUGGAGUAAUUCAUUUUAAUGAAAUAGAUAAUGAAACAUAUCAACAAAUAAAAUCAAAUCAAAAAAAUAAAAAAGAAGAUAAUGAUGAUAAUAAUAAUGGUGACAAAGAUUUAAAAUUUACAAUUCAUGUUCACACAAAACCAACAACUAGUAAUAUUGGUUUAAAUACUAAUUUAUCAAAUGUUAUACUUAAUAUAAAUCCACUUGAAUCACCAAGAAGAACAAAUACAACAAUUAAUCAAAUUACACCAGUUUGGAUAUCAACAACUGAAAAAGAUUCUGAAAUUGAAAAUUCAUACAUAAUACCAUUAAAUUCAAAUAUAACUGAUGGAAAAACUACUAUUAGAACUUUUACUGAACAAUCAAUAACAAAAUAA